AUGGAUUCAGAUUAAGAGAUAAAAAGGAAAAUAAGAUCACAUUCGGUUGAAAGAGGCAUGAAUUUAUUAUAAUUUUAGGGAAAACAGAAAGUUAGUCAUAGUUUACAGAUGAAAUUGAAGAUGAUAAAAUAGUCACAAUUGGAGUUUGUUGUAUGGCUAAAAAGUCUUAAUCAAAAGAAAUGCAAGAAAUUCUGAAUCGU